AUGGAGCAGCGAUACAUGAAAACAUUUAAGCCAUACACUGAUGAAGUAAAGGAUACGUCUAUCGAUGCCUUAAAGGCACAGCUAAAAGGCGUGACUGUCUUGACUUCAUUAGUAGAGGUCACGAAAGAAGACAAAGAUUUAGGUGGUAAUAAUAAUGUUCCAAGUCCAGCACGUGCUUUUGAUCAUGUUAUUUUAAAUGGACUCAAAACUACACCCGAUUCUCCUAAUGAUGAUGACCUGCGUGAGCGUGUUGCUGUGCUCGUGAAAAGUAUUCUAGCUAUUGCUUCUUUUUAUAGAGAUGAGAGGUUGAAGAGAAUCGAGAAGAACAAGAAGAAGCAUCAAGAUGAAGUGCACCUCGACAGUCCCCCUCAUAGCCGACAUCAAGUAAACCGUGAAGAACUUGCAGUUGUAGUGAUUGACAUUGCUGUUGAAAAUGAAAAAGCUGAAGAAGAGAAGAAAGAAGAAGAAACGGAAGAGGAGAAGGCAACAAAUGAAGAAGAUGUAAAAGAAGAAAAAGAAGAAGAAGAAAAAAAAGAUAAGGAGAGGACAGCUGAAAAAGAAGCAGAAAAUGAGGAGAAAACAAAAGAAGAGAAAAAUAAGAACACAUUGCAUGAGCCUGAACAAGUCAUGUGA